UGUGGGGACUGUUUGGUUAGCUACAAGAGGAACACGAAAGCAAAGAAUGGAGCGUGUGACGACAAAAGAUGAUCGCAUUUCUCAUUUCUGGGUAACGUAAACCAGAGGAAGAGGAAAACACAGUGCUCUUAUAUAGUUUUUUCCCCCCUUCUCUUCUCUUAUGGUAGCUCGAAACCAACUCUCCGCAGCUCCAUUCCCUUCUCUCUUUCUGUAUUGAGUAAUUCCUACCUCCCUCGUGAAACCCAACUGAAAAAGAACCCAACUUUUGAAAAACCCACCUGAUGUUGCUUAGAAACCCAAUUUCCAACACGAAACGCUUCUUCCAGCGAACCUUACAAAGCGUCAAGUCUCUCUUCUCCGCCGGCAGCUCCAAUGCUGACUACCACAAGAUCCCCAAGACCCCGCCUUUCGCCGCCAUGGACAAGACAUCCGGCGUCGGAGGAAGCUUCGGCAGACGAAGGAGCAAGGACGGGUUCGACAGGCUGUACGUGGACUACAGCGACCGGUGGGAGAAGAAGAAACCAGCCGAAACGAGGACCGUUAAUGACAGAGAAGGAAACUGUUCGACGAAAUGCCCCAGAGAGGGCCAGGCGAGGCUGAAGAGCAAGAGGUAUCAAGCGAGAUCAACAUCGCUGCCCAAGACGGGACAUGGUGGCGGCGGUGAUGAUAAUGGAGCGGAGAAGCUCUCGUCGAGGGAGGAAAGGAGCUGGCUUGUGGCGCGGAAGCUGAAAGAGCUCCAGAUGAUGGAUAUGGGCGAUGUGGAUCAUGUUCUCGACAUCGAGGAAGUGAUUCACUACUACUCUCGACUCAGCUGCCCUGAAUAUGUCGAGAUCGUCGACAAGUUUUUCAUGGAUGUUUAUGCCGAGUUCUUCUCUCCGGCGGCCGCCACUCCGGCGAGUGUCAAUUCGAGAUCGAGGUCCAGCCGGCUGCUGCGGUCGUAAUGAGAAGUCGUGGGAGAGCUUUCCUGUCAUGUUCUUGUGUCAUCGUUGAAGGACUGAUGACUUCAUUGUAGUUUGCUUUUCUCUGUUCUUAAUUUCAUUUC